CGGGACCCUCUCUGGCCGGCUCGUGCCAGGAAGCUUGUGUUUCUUGGCAGGCGGUGGGGAAUGACGCGCACAGGCGUGGUAAUAACAAUGAGAACACUAUUAACUCCAGACUGCGCGCUAAAAGAAUUUAAAAUAAAAAAUAAAAUAAAAAAAUACUUGCGCAUAAAAAGAAAUCCUUUAAGGACGUGACUAUUUAAAAAAAAAAAAAAGAAGAUUCUCACACCUGAAGCGUGUGUGAUUGAAACUUUCACUGAAGCGGCGGAGUUUCCUGUGAACGCGGGCAGUACAGUACAUAGGAAAUGACUCAUCGGAGCUGAACUGCUCGCGUGGGUGUGCGCGCUAUUAAAACAAGGCGCAGACUCCUCCGUGUGACUCACUCCGCUCUGAUGCUCGCUUUUCCAGGCUCCAAACCAGCCCCUCGCCUUGUUUGAUUCACAUGAACUUUUCGGGAAUCGCGAGCAGACAUGGUGGCUUCUCCUAGCUCCGCGUGCGCGCUCUGCGGACUGAUCCUGGCGGCCGUCAGCAGCCUGCACGGCGUCAGCGCGCAGAAAAGUCAGUGUGGCAUCACAGAGUUCUGGAACUCGGACCUGGACGUCUGCGUGUCCUGUUCGUCGUGCAAGCAGUACCCCAAGACCCCGUCCUGCAACACAUGUAACUCGGUGGAGGAGACGCACGACGUGUGGAAGCUGGCGGCCAUCACCAGCUUCUCCGUGCUGGCCGUCGUCCUGGUGGGGGCGGCGCUCAUCAUCGGGGUCAUGGUGCACCGGCGGAAGUCACACAAGCGACCUCUACGAGAGCCUAUUGAGGAAACAGCGGGGCCUCUUUAUCAAGCUUAAACAGUUCACCUCAUCUUCCUCUGGAAAACCAGAUGUGACGGACCGAAGCAGCAGCUGGUUUCGCCGCCCGGACGAGGACUCUCUGGACCGUGGGUUGUGGACUCUGGCCGCCGGGCUGCACCUCGACCACAUAUCGAACCAUUUUAAUUUAUUAGAUGGUGGAGUUCUCACGCUCUCCGUGCAGACCCGGCGGUGAGCUGCGGAGAGCGCCCCCUCCCCGCCCGCGUAGGGACUGUAACAGCAUUAUAACCAGCGGUAUCGUCUUAGUGUGCCUUUCUAUUCCACUCCGUCGAUGGUGAACGUCUGGGAGGCCUCCAUCGGCCCGAUUCAGAAACGCCGCGCCGCUUCUCUCAGACGGACUCCAGUGAAUGUAACACGGUUUGAUCCCCUCCACAGCAGGGGGCGGUUUUAGACAAGCUCAUGGUCAUUUAUCACAUGUGAGUGUGACGUACUGUUCGGCACAUUAAGGCCGUUUGAAUGUAGCUACUUUAGGUGGAAUUAGGGAAUCGUACUCCUUCGCCUUCGUCCCUGCCGGUAACUCUGUGUACGUAUUGAACUCAUGCACUGUUACGGGGUCUCCUCGGACCAACACGGACCCUCCGCUGCAGCACAGGCUCUAGCGUUGCUCAGUUUUUUGUUUUUUUUGCCUGCUGCAGGCCCUGAAGUCACAUGUUUGUUCUGGUGCUGGAAGGACAGGAUGCUUGAAACACUAGACACACGAUCUCAAACUGCUAACAUGUGGGAAUGCCGGGUGGAAUGUACUGUAGGGAGGGAAACAACCUGUCUGAGGUGCAGAUCCACUCUAACCCAGGAGUUCAGGUCUGCAUGGGAAUGUCCUGCACUCAUUAAAAAAAAAACAACAUAAAAUGCCUUAAAAAAACGUACCUCAGAAAUAUAAGAUAGUCUGCUUUUAGAA